AUGGCAAUAUCAUUCUUCGUUUCCUGGCAAUUGUGGGAAAAGAUGACGUUUGUUUUGGGAUGUGCUAUUGUGGCAGUUUUUUGCGCGGGAUAUAUUAAGUUAUUAUGGACAAACAGAAUAGUUGCUAGACAGGAAGUCAUUAAUGAGGAGAAGCGCAUGAAGAUCCAAGAAUUACGGCAAAGCGGACAAUUUGUCGAACCCAUGAAAGGCGUCGAAAUCCCAUUCGGAGUUCGUGCCAUUCAAAGUGGGAUUCAAGUGGAUGGAAUAUGGAUAUCCGGAACCAAUACUCCUGUGCCUAGCAUCAAACUUCAGCGCCAUUCAUCUUUUGAACUCUCUUCUCCAGAUUCAAGCUCCAACGCACACGCAUCUCCCGAUAGUUAUAAUCGCCCAACACCUCCUAAAGCCGGUCAGUCAAACUUCCGAUAUAGCGAAUCUGCAUUACUCUCAAGCCACAGAAGUAUCAGCGAUGAUGAUACUCUUAUUACCGAUCCCCAUAGUUCAUCUCGUCAACGAGCAACCUACAAGCCAACAAAGUCGUCGCAAUUACGUUUUGGAACAGUCGGAGAACAUCAAUAUGAUGAAGAGACACUUGAUCAUCUCGUAGGAAAUUCAGAAACCGGCAGAGUUUAUACUCACAAACCUCGUGGAGGUCGUCGAUCAGAUGCUUCGAUUUCACUAUCACUCUCUGAUGCUGCCGCCGCUGCUGAUAAUGAACGCUCAUCUGGUACUUCUGAUGAUUCUGAUGAGACUUUUUCUCGUGUUAGACAUCCACAACCGAAUCGACCUUUCAAUUAUCCUACCCGAACUCCUUCUCCAGAAAUCUUGACUCCCGCAUUUCCAUCAUUCUCUCACCAACCAACAACUAAAGGCAAGGGUCAAUAUUCCUCAAUUCCUCUUUUCCCUGAGGAUGAUGAAAUGGACCCAUUUGCAUCGCAUCAUCUACGCAGUAUGGACAGAGCACAUGGAUCUAAUCUUCAAGCGGUUGAAGAUCAACGAUAUACUGAAAGCACCAUCGAGUCUAAAGUCCCACUUCUUAAGAGUCGCUCUCCAUCUUCGCAAUUCAUACCUGGAGAACUUCAUCAAAAUAAGGCAAUCAGGAGAGUCAAUUCUGGUUUUGAGAUUUUACCUGCAGGCACAUUCGGUACUCAGCCGCCUAUGCACAUCAAAGGAAAAGGUGUAAACCGUCACGAGAGUUGGAAUGUCAAUAACCCUGAUUCAUUAGCACCACUACACCCAAACAAGCUACAGAAAAAGACAAGAUUUUCCGUGGUUUGA